AAUGCGCAUCACUAACGUGAACGUGGAAAACUGGAACGUUUAAAACACACGUCAAAAUUUUAACACCAAAGCAAAGAAUAGCAUUUAAUAGCGUUUUUAAAUGCACUAUACACUAAAUUAAAAGGUUUACCCAAAUAUUUGUAUUGCAAGCCGCUUUAGUACUGCAUAAGGUGUUCACAUAACAACAACAUUGCCUGCAACACAGAGGACAGAGAGACAAAGAUAAAUAGGCACAGAAAGAGCCACGAAAACAAUUCUUAAUUUAUAAACUGGGAGCUACGAAAUACAACGAUAACAUGUCCAACAAUGCAACGGGGCCUACAAAAACUGAAAUCGAGGCUGUAUUUAGUCGCCUGCGAGCGCAGCCAGCGAACAAGUCCUGCUUCGACUGCGCGGCUAAGGCGCCCACCUGGUCUUCAGUGACGUAUGGCAUAUUUAUUUGCAUUGAUUGCUCCGCCGUGCAUCGUAAUCUGGGCGUGCACUUGACCUUUGUGCGCAGCACCAAUCUGGAUACCAACUGGACCUGGCUGCAGUUACGCCAAAUGCAGCUGGGCGGCAAUGCGAAUGCCUCGCAAUUCUUUCGCUCCCACAACUGCAACACCAGCGAUGCACAGGUCAAAUACAAUUCCAGGGCAGCUCAACUCUAUCGCGACAAGCUGUCGGCAUUGGCACAACAGGCAAUGCAAAUCCAUGGCACCAAGCUGCACUUGGAGACUGCUGUGGACAAGAGCGAGGGCAACGAGGCAGGAAAAAUGCAGUCGGAUGGACAGGAGGAUGACUUCUUUGCACAAUGCGACAACAACAAUGCCAAUGCGCAGCUGGAGAACAAUAACAUUGGCCUCAUUAGCAGCAGUGUGAAGUUGGAGCCCAAGUCCAAGCCUGCAACAACGCCCUUGCUGGAUGGCGCGCCCAGCGUAGAUUUGCUAAAUGCAGCUGUAGCACCAGCAACUGCGCCUUCCUCCAUAGGCGUGCGCAAAAUUCAGCCCAAGAAGGGCGCCUUGGGUGCCAGAAAAGUUGGCGGCCUGGGCGCCACCAAGGUGAAGACAAACUUUGCUGAUAUUGAGGCGCGCGCAAGUGCUGCGAAUGAAAGCAAAUCAGCUGCAGCUAUUGCAGCUGCCACCGACAAGCCCCAAACUGCCGAAGAGGAGCUGGAAACAGUGGCCAGCAUGCGUCUGGCAUAUCAGGAUUUGUCGCUGCAAAAGACACGCGAGGAGGCCAAACUCAAGACCAUCGAUCCCGCCAAGGCCAAGCAAAUGGAGCGUCUAGGCAUGGGCUUCAGUCUACGUGGCUCAGAUGUAGCGCACUCGGCUCUCAGCGACAUGGAGACCAUACAGCAAUCAUCUGCGCCCAAGAGCAGCGCACAGAGCAAAUUGGCCGCCUUGGAAAACGAUAAUUUCUUCAAUGACCAUUCAAUGGGCUUGUAUGGCGGCUCUGGUGAUAAAAAGGAAAGCGUAAGCAGCAGCAAGCUGGACAAAUUUGAGCUGGACGCGCUUGGAUAUGAGACAAUCGAGCCCAUUGGCGGCAAUCACAGCAAUAUAACGUCCAUGUUUGCUGCCAGCAACGACUAUGAUAAGCCCAAGCCAGUCAGCAGCAGCAGCAGCUCAACAGCUUCCGGCUAUAACAAGAGCAAAAGUCGAGCUAGUAAUCCUCUGGAUCCCGUUGCGGCACAGCAAAAGUUUGGCAAUGCCAAGGGCUUUGGCUCGGAUCAGUUUUUUGCCAGCGAACAAUCAUCGGCUGAUGUAAGUGCGAGCCUGAAUCGAUUCCAGGGCUCGCGUGCCAUAUCCUCAUCAGAUUACUUUGGCGAUGGUGCGCCAGGUGCUGGCAUGAGCAAUCGAGGCAGCGGCGGUUACUCGACUGCUGUGAACUUCAAUGCGCCGGACUUGGAUGAUGUGAAGGAGAGCGUUCGCCAGGGAGUACAUAAGGUUGCUGGCCGGCUCAGCAAUUUGGCCAACGAUGUCAUGUCGUCGCUGCAAGACAAAUAUGGCUACUGAUAGUAGCAUUAUUAAUUUAAACUUUUUAUAAACAUACAUAUAUUAGUUUCGCAUGAUAUAAACAUUUCCAAAAUCGAUUCACUUACAUCUGUCUGCUCUUGAGAAUCCAAGAUUCUUUAAUGGAAAUUAUUGCAGUGAAGCGUGUCUUUAAAUCCAACUACGAUAUAUAGUUAUAUACGAGGAAAUAUUGAAUAGUAGAGCAUUAUAUGCAAUCGAUGCUCGAUAUCACAAAUUGAGGAACAAGCCCAUUAGCUUCUAAGUCGAAACGUUAGCUAAUGUUAUAUUUUUUUGUAUGAACCUUUGUUUAUGAUUGUUAUGAAACUUUUUAAGGCAUUUAUUUUGCUAAGUUGUAUUUCAUCGUUUUCCUCAGUCUGCUCCAAAUUAGUUUUCAACUCGAGUAUAAAGAAUAAAUAAUGCAAAUAAAAUUUCAAAA